UAAAAGAAACAUACAAAAUGUCUUUUAAGGCUGUAAUUUUCUGUGCCGCUGCCUUAUUGGUUCAGAGCAUCGUUGCUCAGAUGAGCUACGGUUGCAGCUGCCAGUCCAUCGAGGUGUCUAACAACGGCGGAGCCCUGACCGUGACCAGCGCCGGUCCCAUCGCGCCGACCGGCAUCGCCGUCGCCUCGGACCUAGGCCUGUCCGGCGACCUGGACCUGUCCGGCGCGCUGCCGUACCUGAGCGCGGUGGCGUUCGAGGGCCAGUUCGACACCAGCGGCGUGGCUCCAGUGUCGUACGGCUGCGGGGACAGCGUCGCCAUCACCCAGCAGAUCGGCGGCUCCAGCGGCUGCGGAUGCGUCAGACGCUAAGGAC